AUGUCGGAUUCACGGCAUCAGAGAUCGUCGGGCAGGGACGACCGUUCUCGUCAUGGAGACAGAAGCCAUCGCCAUAGGGACCGACGAUCGCGUUCACCAGCGACGAAAGAGCACCGCAGUCAUCGCUCGCGCCAUUCUUCCAAAAGGGAUAGAUCCCCCAGAAAGAAAAAUCACGAUAAUGUAGCCAUUGUGCUCCCGUACAAUGCCCGUCAACUCUCGAAAUACGAUUUGCCACAAUUCGAGCGCUACUUCGCCUACUAUCUGGAUAUCCAAAAGCAACGAUACAUUGAGGAUAUGGACGAUAUUGAGGUCAAGGGCCGAUGGAAGAGCUUUAUGCGCAAAUGGAACAAUGGCGAACUGGCGGAAGGCUGGUACGACCCGGAAAGCUUUGCCAAGCACAAGGUCAGCGACGACGACAUCGAACCGACCGAGAGCACGCCGAAUAAAGCCCCUAUUCAAGAUCAAAAUAGAUCGAGAGAUUCGGGGAUCGAUGGUAGCGAUAGUGAGGACGAAAACUACGGCCCAACAUUGCCUGGCGGUCGUCGAGCCGGAGCAAGCAUUCCCUCCUUGCAGGAUCUAGCUGAAAGAGACGAAAUGCGCCGCGAAUCCAGAGAAGCUGAGCGAGAAACCCUACGAGACGAACGGAAAGCAGACCGGAAACUACAAAAAGAGCGAUUGGAAGAGCUUGUACCACGUGCUGAAGCUGGUACGCGCGAGCGGAAGCUAGAGAAACGCAAGGAAGUCAAUGACAAGAUGCGGGAGUUUAGAGACAAGAGCCCAGGCAUGGAAGCUGGAAACGAAAAGGAUCUUAUGGGUGGUGGUGACUCUUUGGAAGAGUACAAACGAGCCAAGGCACAAGAGAAGCAGCGCAAGUCGGAAAGAGAAGUAAUGAGAGAGGAAAUUGCGAGGGCCAAGCAGGAAGAGCUUGAAGAGCGCCGACGGCGCUAUCAGGAAAAAGAGCAAGGAACUAUCAGCAUGCUCCAAGAAUUGGCGCGCCAGCGGUUCGGUUAA